GGCCUGGGAGCGCCUGGAGAAGGCGGAGCACGAGAGGGAGCUGGCCCUGAGGACGGAGCUGAUCCGUCAGGAGAAGUUGGAGCAGCUCGCCAGACGCUUCGACCGCAAGGCGGCCAUGAGGGAGACCUGGCUUAGCGAGAACCAGAGACUGGUGUCCCAGGACAACUUCGGGUUUGAUCUCCAGGCCGUGGAGGCGGCCACCAAGAAGCACGAGGCCAUCGAGACGGACAUCGCGGCGUACGAGGAGCGUGUGCAGGCGGUGGUUUCCGUGGCGAGGGAGCUGGAAGCGGAGCACUACCACGACAUCAAGCGCGUGGCGGCCAGGAAGGACAACGUAGUCCGGCUGUGGGAGUACCUGCUAGAGCUGCUGCGGGCGCGGCGCCUCCGGCUGGAGAUGAACCUGGGUCUGCAGAGGGUCUUCCAGGAGAUGCUCCACAUCAUGGACUGGAUGGACGAGAUGAAGGUGGGCGGCUCGCUCAUCCACUUAAAAAAACUCAAACCG